AAGGCCCCCCCCCCCAGUAGCACCCGCCAGUUAAUAAUAGAAAGAUAGGUUGUUUGGUUUUGAAGUAAGGGAGGUUCCAAAAAUGGUGAAGAUCACUCUUGGUAGCUUUGAAGACUCUUUUAGCGCUGCCUCUCUCAAGGCCUAUUUUGCAGAGCUUCAUGCCACUCUAAUUUUCGUCUUCGCUGGUGUUGGAUCAGCCAUUGCUUACAACGAGGUCACGAAAGAUGCUGCAUUGGAUCCAACGGGGCUGGUGGCAGUAGCGGUGGCACACGCAUUCGCACUGUUUGUAGGUGUGUCUGUUGCAGCCAACAGCUCAGGUGGACAUUUGAACCCAGCUGUCACAUUUGGAUUGGCUGUCGGAGGAAACAUCACCCUCCUAACUGGUUUCUUGUACUGGGUUGCUCAAUUGUUGGGUUCUAUCCUUGCAUGUCUCCUCCUCAAUUUGGUUACCGCCAAGAGCAUUCCAACCCAUGGACUGGCUUAUGGUGUGAACGCUUUCCAAGGUGUGGUGUUUGAAAUUAUUAUCACUUUUGCGUUGGUUUACACAGUGUAUGCAACUGCAGCUGACCCUAAAAAGGGCUCAUUGGGCACCAUUGCACCCAUUGCUAUUGGGUUCAUUGUGGGUGCCAACAUCCUAGCUGCUGGCCCAUUCAGUGGUGGGUCCAUGAACCCGGCCCGCUCAUUUGGCCCAGCUGUGAUUAGUGGAAACUUCGCUGAUAACUGGAUCUACUGGGUUGGCCCAUUGAUUGGAGGAGGUUUGGCUGGGCUCAUUUAUGGAGAUGUCUUCAUUGGUUCCUAUGCCGCUGUCCCAGCCUCCGAAACCUAUCCUUAAAAAACAUAUCUUAUUGUUCUCCUUUGUUCCUUCAAGCUUUUUCUCUUUCUUCAACGUUUGCUGUCCUGUACCUUCAAUUUUCCUUUCACCGCUUGUAAUUAUUCUGUAAAUUUUAAAUUGAACUCGAAGCAUGCCUUGUUGGAA